AGACUCGGGUGCCUCUCGCAGGAAAGUCGGCUGUUGGCCUAGUAACGUCACACAGACCCUCAUCCAGUGGUUCAAUCCACGACCACGCUCCAUCUACCCUCCACAAGAUAAAUAGUGGAACCGUGCGAGGUGGUAGCUGCUUUUCAACACUCAACGACUGGUUAUACGAUGUUACGAAUCCCUUGGAAACUUGACCUCAACAACCAAGUUGACCGAGAUAUUUCCCUGGUCCCUCUGCGAGGCACUAGAGCCCUAGUUUACCCAGGUAACCUCCGUUUGUCGGGCAGGAAAGUUGCCAUCAAAGUAUUUCGUUUCGGUCCUCCCACCAGCGAGCAGGCCCUCAAGCGUAUCUACCGCGAGGUGGCUUUAUGGAAGAACCUGCAUCACCGAAACAUCCUUCCUUUGCUGGGCAUGACCACUCAGUUCGACUACACAAUUUCACUUGUAAGUGAAUGGGCGGCAAAAGGAAACGCAUUCGACUAUGUGCAGAACCAAGCAGUAGAUCCGCGUCCCCUGCUUAUAGGCAUUGCAAGUGGGCUAGAUUACCUCCACGGCCGUAAAAUAAUCCAUGGUGAUCUCAGAGGCCACAAUGUCAUGGUCUCUGAGGACGGUCAGGCUAUGAUUACCGACUAUGGUGUUUCAUCCCUAGUCGAUGCUGAGUUUGAUCAAAACGCCGCCAUCUCAGCGCCCGGUGGGCGCAGCAUAAGAUGGAUGGCGCCAGAGAGUAUGGAAAGUUACGGAGAAGUCAGCAUACAAGGCGAUAUUUGGACACUUGGCAUGACAAUAUUGGAACUAUUCACCAGACAACCGCCUUUCUACUACAUUUCUGGACUGCGGGCGGUCAUUGGUCGGAUUAUGGACGGACAGCCAGAUAGACCCAGCGGUCCAGCUACAUGUUUCCGCAUGACUGACACUUGGUGGAAUCUAUGCUGUCUCUGCUGGGCCCGUGAUCCUUGGCAGCGCCCUUCUAUGCCGGACAUUAUCAGAAUAAUAGAGCGAAUGUGAUUUUCACGAUAAUCAGAGGCUUUCUUCUAAACAUGUUGCCACCGUACUCCGUUUUCCAGGUAUACUCUUCUCUUCGCUAGGUGUGUGUUAGCCGUAGUAGCUGUUUCAGCAGGCAUAGAGUUUUACGAUCGUGGUAUGGUUCUUAACAUGCUUUUUUUUUUUUCAUUUUCAGCUACUUAUUGGCAUAGCUUUGCAUGUAUCUCCGUUAAGGCACUUUGACAGGACUUGGUGCUGCAGUUUUAAUCGCCACUGGGACACUUGUA